UGCCAAAUAACGCGUCCUUCGUCAUGCCUGCCACGACUUACCUACUUCCAGAGUACCUACCACUCAACAAGACGGUUCUGUGCUUUUUUCCUCAACAAGACGGUUUGGAUUGCGCUCAUAUCGGCCAAGUCACCGUGGAGACCAGAACCAAAAACGCCACUGUACCCGAGCUAGUUGCGUAUUACAAUGCUCAAGAUGAUAUUUCCAAAGCUAUCCAGCGUCUCUUCGUCGGCCACAACCUCUGCCCGCUACCGCAAAAGAUCGUUCUUGGUGGAGGCGGUUACAAACUGGCCGGAACUCGAAAAACGUGGAAUUACGGCAAAAACACCCUCGAUCUGCGAUGGGGAGGAGAUGAGAUAAAGCUGUUUGCUGAUAAAUGGUCCUUCUUGUUCACUGUCGAAGAAAAAGAAAUGUAGCAGCUCCUUGUUUAACCUCGUGU